AUGACUAUAUCCUCCACAACUAAGCGUGUUCUGUGUUUUGGAUCGAUCAAUAUCGAUGAUGUAUUUACCGUACCAGAUAUUGCAAAGCCAGGAGAGACCAUUUCAUGUUCGGAUUACAAAAUGCUUCCAGGCGGAAAAGGUGCCAACCAAAGUGUUGCUCUGGCCAAGGCCGGAACAUCUGUCGUUCACGGAGGUAAAAUUGGAAAGGAUGGUCAGUGGGUACUCGAUCUUAUGAAAGACUAUGGUGUCGAUACAUCCAUGGUGGUUGUUGAUCACAACGCUGGUACCAAUGAAUCUAGUUUACUGGACGUGCUAUUAUCCAAGGUUUCACAGGCCUCGCACGAUAAUACGAUUGUGCUGAAUCCUGGCGCAAACCAUCAAAUCACUGCUCAAGAUAUCGACAAGGUCUUGUCCCAGUUCAAAUCAAGAGACUUUGUUAUUCUUCAGAAUGAACUCAACUCUGAUGCUACCUUGUAUUUGCUGAAAUCUUGCAGUGCCAAGGGCAUGGUGGUAUGCUUGAAUCCGGCUCCCUGUCCCAAGAAUCUUGCGUCCGUGCUGCCACUGGAACUUGUUGAUAUCCUGAUUCUGAACGAGUCCGAAUCUGAGUCACUUGUGUGUCAACUUUCCACCUCGAACGUCAAUCAAAAAAAAUGCAAUGAUCCUGCCACUAUCUGUGAGAUCGUCCUUACCUCGUAUCCUGGUCUCUCUGUCAUGGUCAUCACGUUGGGUGAGCGUGGGCUUGUUGCUGGUGCUCGCUUGCAUAAUGGUGCAGCACCCACUAUUCAAAGCGUGCCCAUCACUCGCAGUGUCAAGGUUCAGGAUACCACUGGUGCGGGAGAUACUUUUGUGGGUUUCAUGUGCGGUCAUCUCAUUUCCAACAUCAGCUUAUCGUCAGACCAAACGCAUUCCAAAACCGACAUCUUGACCGCAAUCAGCGCUCAGCCUAAUCUUUUGGAGAUGAGUCUUCAAACUGGUAUUCUUGCGUCCGGAGUGUGUUGCGAACACAGUGGUGCAAUGAUCGCUAUUCCAACUAAAUCUGAACUAAUGAAACUUUAACUUGCAUUAGGUUUAUUCAU